AUGGAGCCCAGCCCAGUGGGACGCUUCUACGGUUCUCUGAUCAAAUUUAAAGUCUACGAGGAUUACCUGGACUCUAAAGUCACCCCGACGGAUUUAUUUUACGUACAGAGCAGGGAGUUGGCCCGUAAGCUGGUGGAGCACGGCCACCAUGGAAUGGUUCUGAGCAGGGAGGAGUUUGAGGAGAGGAGAGCAGCUGCGCAGGCCGCAGAGGCCGAACCGAGCAGCGGCUUCUACAACCCGAGCCGAACACCGACGCAGGCAAGUGCAGGAAAAGAGCUCAAAGAUAACUUCCUGAAGGCCCUGGCAGAGCGAGAAGAGGCCAACCGCAGUGGGAAAAUGACUUCGAUCAUUUUCAUAAGGGAUUAUAAUUCACUUGGACAGGAGGUUUCUGGAUAUAUAGACUACGCCCACAGACUCAACACUCAAGACUUUGAACCAUAUUUCAGCAAAAGGAAAAGGCUCAUGCCAGGACGUUCAGAUUUAUGCUACUACAACUGGAAGACCCAGGUGUCCACGUCGAACUCCAGCACCAACUUUGAGGUGAUUCAUGACGACCCUAACGGACUUCUCUUUAAAAACAAAAAGGACAAAAAGAUCCUGAACGUGGAUCCAUGGUCUGGUCCAGGCGAGGCCCCCAGCAGGACGCUGCUGCAGUCGGACCUCUACAUCCAUGUUGUCCUCUUCGACCACCACGUCAGAGUGGUCUGA